AUGGAUGUUGUCAGAUUGUACUAUAGACCUCUCGAAGAGGACAUCAGAGGCGACACUUCUGGAACUCUCAAGCGAAUGCUGGUGUCUCUCUGCACGGCCAACCGGGAUGAAAGUAUGACGACUAAUCCCCAUGAAGCCCAAGCAGAUGCUCAGGCUCUUCUAACAGCUGGGGAGCUACGCCUCGGUAAUGACAUCGAAGAUGCAAUUAAACGUGAAUUCUCUGGAAAUUCAGAGUCUGGCUUUCUGGCUAUAAUCAGGGCUAUUAAAAACCAACCAGCAUACUUUGCUAAACAAAUUCACAACAGCAUCAGUGGCAUGGGAACUGAGGACAAGAAUUUAAUUCGUUUGAUAGUGACCAGAAGCGAAAUCGAUAUGGGAGAUAUUAAGAGAGCCUAUGAAUCAAAAUAUGGAGAAACCUUACGAGAAGCUUUGCGGGGUGAUGCCUCUGGAGACUACAAGAAAUGUUUGUUGGGUCUUAUUGGAGAAUAA